AGUCACUGCUGCAGCCGCCGCCAUUUUAGCGUUUUGUCAGAAGCGUCCGUGCCGCGAGGAAGAGCCCCUGCUGCUUUUCGUGCGGGCUGUGUCCGAGAUGGUGAAGCUGUUCAUUGGAAACCUGCCCCGGGAGGCCACAGAGCAGGAGAUCCGCUCACUCUUCGAGCAGUAUGGGAAGGUGCUGGAGUGUGACAUCAUUAAGAACUACGGCUUUGUGCACAUAGAGGACAAGACGGCGGCCGAGGAUGCCAUACGCAACCUGCACCACUACAAGCUGCACGGGGUGAACAUCAACGUGGAAGCCAGCAAGAAUAAGAGCAAAACAUCCACAAAGUUGCAUGUAGGCAACAUCAGUCCUACUUGUACCAACAAGGAGCUUCGGGCCAAGUUUGAGGAGUAUGGUCCAGUCAUUGAAUGUGACAUCGUGAAAGAUUAUGCCUUUGUACACAUGGAGCGGGCAGAGGAUGCAGUGGAGGCCAUCAGGGGCCUUGACAACACAGAGUUUCAAGGCAAACGAAUGCACGUGCAGUUGUCCACCAGCCGGCUUAGGACUGCGCCCGGGAUGGGAGACCAGAGCGGCUGCUAUCGGUGCGGGAAAGAGGGGCACUGGUCCAAAGAGUGUCCGGUAGAUCGUUCGGGCCGAGUGGCAGACUUUACCGAGCAAUAUAAUGAGCAAUAUGGAGCAGUGCGUACACCUUACGCCAUGAGCUAUGGGGAUUCAUUGUAUUACAACAACGCGUACGGAGCGCUCGAUGCCUACUACAAGCGCUGCCGUGCUGCCCGGUCCUAUGAGGCAGUGGCUGCUGCAGCUGCCUCUGCGUAUAAUUACGCAGAGCAGACCCUGUCCCAGCUGCCACAAGUCCAGAACACAGCCAUGGCCAGUCACCUCACCUCCACCUCUCUUGAUCCCUACGAUAGACACCUGUUGCCGACUUCAGGAGCUGCUGCUGCUACAGCUGCUGCUGCUGCAGCAGCCGCUGCUGCUGUUACUGCAGCUUCCACUUCAUAUUACGGGCGCGAUCGGAGCCCCCUGCGUCGCGGCCCAGUCCCCACUGUUGGAGAGGGCUACGGUUACGGGCAUGAGAGUGAGUUGUCCCAAGCUUCGGCGGCCGCGCGGAAUUCCCUGUACGACAUGGCCCGGUAUGAGCGGGAGCAGUAUGCGGAUCGGGCGCGGUAUUCAGCCUUUUAAAGCUUGAGGUGGGAUGUGUGUGGGCUGAAAUUCCGAGCUGCGGUUGUGCAUGAGAAUACACCCUUCGUGGUACCCCAUCUCCGGGACGUUCUCAGCUCUGUGCGUUCAGUCCCCCAGGAACCGUGGACCUUAAUUUACCUUGUUAAGUUCAGACCACCUCUUCUUUCCUCUCUCCUGCCCAUUUCCCUGUUCUUUCUGUCCUUCAGUACUUCUGUAGCUUCCCAUCAUGUUCUGUUCUCCCAGCAGGCCUCAUUGUGUGCAGAAACUGGUGGGGGCUGUGCUGUAUCCCCACCUCCUGCUUCCAGUGGGUGUUGUGAGAGUGUCACUGCUCCUGAGUCUUUUUGACCCAAAGGCUUAUGGCAGGUAGACACAUAGAGUUGGAUCACUUUUUUCUUUCCGGUGAAAUAAAUGGUUUUUCAACUUA